AUGUCUGCUGCAGCAGUCACGGUCCUGUCGGACGUACUAGGGCGCAUCUGCGACACACUUACAGUGUUGUACUCACUGAAUGAGCUGGCAAUAGUCAGGACGGCAGGAGUUCCCGAACCACCGUGUGAACGCGACAAUCCAUUCGAUGACGACGACGACGAGGAUUCCUCGUCAUGGAGAACCAAAUCAUCUCCACGAAACAACUUCAACACCAUGAUUUGGGAUCUACCGACACCAAGGAAUGGCUCGGCACCAACAACAUUUCAGCUCUUCAUGAGGUUCAUCCAUGCCCUGAAAGGAGGAGUCGGUUUGUCACUGACAGAAGGAAGACCAACCGUAGCCCUCAGCCUGGUUAUUUGGUCACUCAGUGGAAACACGAACUGGAACUCAACCGACCACCAAUACGACACAGAUUCAGUCCUCAUUGCCAUAGACAACUGCUCGUCUCGAUGCAUCACCAACUGCAUGCUUGAUUUCAUUGACGUGCCAGUGAAAGUCAAGGUAUCAGUCCAGGGAAUAGGAGGAUCAGUGACGGCAACGUACAAGGGAACCGUGAGAUGGGCGAUUGAAGACGAAGAAGGAAUGGUUCACCAUUUCCUAAUUCCGGAUACGUACUACAAUGCAUCCACACCCUUCAGGUUGCUAUCGCCCCAGCAUUGGGCCAGAGCGGCAGACGACAACUCGCCCAAUAGAAGAGGCACCUGGUGCGCAACGUAUGAAGACGCAGUUGAGCUUUUCUGGAAGCAAAGCAAGUUCAAGAGAGUGAUCAAGCUGUCAGCGUCCAGCAACAUAGCGUUGGUCAGGAGUGCUCCCUCUUUUUCGAAGCUACAUACCUUCUGUUCAAGGGUCAGAGAUGAUCUAGGGCGACAACCCAUUGAUGAAUAUGAGCUCAUGGCCAUGCCAGCUGCCGCUGACGUGACCGAUGAUGAUUCAGACGGAAAUGAUUCCGAUGGCUCGGAUGAACAAAGUCUCGACGACAACAGACUGCAUCCAGAUUUGCCGCCAGAGGCGACUCAAGAGAAGGAAAGGAGCGACAUGUUCCAGGACAAGGUGACACAUGCUUUCAGAAUGAAGAAGGACCUGCACACGAUAGAGCAGGAACCAGUCGCAGACGAGAAAUACCUCAAAUACAACUCCGGACAAGCGGACAUGCUCGCCUGGCACUACCGACUCGGACACAUAUCCUUCGAGCGGAUUCGCAAGCUGGCUGAGAGAGGAGAUCUUCCGUCGCGGCUAGCCAAUGCUAGCUAG